AUGUCAAAUGAAACAGAUUAUAAUAAUACUCAGAAAUAUGAUUUUAUUUCGCAAUAUCUUACUCAAUAUGUAGGUAGUUCGUUAUAUGUUCUAUGUCUUUGUGGUACUAUAAUGAAUAUGUUAACUUUUUUACAACAAUCAUUUCAACGUCGAGCUUGUUCACUUUAUCUAUGGAUAGCUUCAUUCUGUGAUUUUAUUCAUUUAAAUAUUGGUUUGUUAUCAAAUAUUCUUCAUUAUGGUUUUCAUUAUCACUGGUCUAAUAGAUCAAUAAUAGUCUCUUCACUUACAAUAUUAGCGUUUAUAAAUCGAUAUAUGAUGAGUUCAAGACAGAGUUCACGAUGGAAAUUUAGUAAUCGUACAAUCAUUAUUCGAUGUAUAAUUACCAUAAUAUUUUUUUGGGUAAUUGCAUCCAUUCCAAUUAUAUUCUGUUCACAAUAUGGUCGUCAUUUAUCAUAUAAUGAACAAUUAAUUUGUUCGAUUUCAUGUCGAUAUUCAUAUGGUGUUAUAAUACAAAUAAUAUAUGUUUGUUUAUUUAAUGGAUUUAUUCCACCAGUUACUAUGGCGAUUUUUGGUUUUCUUACAUAUUGUAAUGGACGUAAUCUUCAUCAAAGAUCACAAACAAAAUCAAUUCGUGUUCGACGAAUUAAUAAACAAUUAACAUGGAUGCUUAUAUUUCAAUCAAUUAAAUCACUUUUUACUUCUAUUCCAUAUUCUAUAUUUAGUUGUUAUUGGAUUUUCACUUUAAAAAAAUCGAAAUCAUUGAUGGAUGAAGCAAAAGAAAAUUUAGUUAAUGAAAUUGUUCAUUUACUCUUUUGGAGUAAUUAUACAAGUUUUUUGGUUUACAUGUGUUCAUCAAAUGUAUUUAGAAAUCAAUGGUUAAGAGCAAUGAAAAAACUAGAUGAACAACUCUACGAAAUAGUUGUAUCAUCAGAUGAAGUACGUGGCGAACAGAAAAUUCGUAUACUUAUUCCAUCUGAUUAUACAACUAGUGAUGAUAAUCGUCACUAUCCUGUUCUAUAUUUAUUACAUGGUUCACCUGGUGGUUCUGAAGAUUGGACAACACAAGGUAAAGUUCAAAACAUUUGUAGUAAUGUAUCAUUAAUUACUGUUAUGCCAAAUGGUGAUUCCUUUGGUUGGUACACAAAUUGGAUUAUACCUGGCAAUUCUACUCCACAAAAUUGGCGUACAUAUCAUAUGGAACAAUUAGUACCUUGGAUUGAUUUUAAUUUACGAACAAUAUCUAAAAAACAAGGUCGUGCUAUAGCUGGUCUUUCAAUGGGUGGAUUCGGUGCUAUUCGUUAUGCUCAAUUAUAUUCUAAUAAUUUUAUUUAUGCAGCAAGUUUUUCUGGUGUUUUAAAUCUACUUAAUAAUGAUAUACAGAAUGAAAUUCUUAAUGACGUACCUAUUGAUGAUAAACCACUUGUAGGUCCAUUUGGUUAUCCUAAUGAAUCGCUUAGCUCUAAUGAAUGGUUUGCUCAAAAUCCAAUUACUUAUGCUGCAAAAUUACGUGACGUAUCUGUAGCACUCUACACAGGUAAUACUGGUGAUCUGGAAUUGUUACUACGCGAUAGUAGUUAUUAUUUACGAGAUACGUUGAUGUCGUUAAAAAUUCCAGUUUAUUUCAAUGAUUAUGGAAAUGGACAAUCAAUCGGUUAUGAUUGCGAUGGAGGACAUACAUGGCCAUGUUGGAAUGCAGCGCUUAUUGAUGUUUUACCUCGUAUGAUGGCUGUUUUGCAACAAAAACUCUUAUAA